AUGGACGUAGCAGCUGAAACGGAAAGCGAUGAGAAACUAAUCCGUGACAAAAAUUUUACUCGGUACAAAAAGCGUUUCAUGAAACGCCAAUGGGAGGACAGUUCUCAAGAUAAGAAAGAAAACGGGGAGUCAGAGGAAAAGAAACUAUGCGAAAAGCCGGUGGAGAGGAUAAAGAGAAAAAAGAUGGCUUUGCUGCUGGGCUACUGCGGAGUGGACUACUAUGGCAUGCAAAGGAAUCCGGGUGUUAGGACAAUUGAGGAGGACUUGCUGAAAGCUUUGUUUGAGGCAAAGUAUAUAACAGAGGAAGACUUUAACAAUCAGCAGAAUGCGCAAUUUCAGAGGAGUUCAAGAACGGACAAAGGUGUUUCUGCGGCGCGACAAGUGGUGUCACUCAAAUUACCAUUGGAAGUAAACAUAGAAGAAAUCAACAGUAGACUACCUGAAUGCAUAAAAGUGUUUGGUAUCAAGAGAGUAACCAAUAAGUUUAAUUCCAAAAUUAAGUGCAAUGCAAGGACAUAUAGUUACACUCUUCCCACCUAUGUGUUUGAGCCUAGUUUGAAUACUGAAGAAGAGAGAAAGUUGUAUAGGAUAAGUGAAGAAAAGUUGAAGAGUAUUAGUGAAGUCUUAGCUCUUUACAAGGGGACAAAAAAUUAUCAUAACUUUACAGAAAAAAAGCAUUACCAAGAUCCAUCAGCAUGUAGAUAUAUGAUGAGUUUCAGCUUAGACAGAGUUUUUAUUGAAUCCGAUUGGGAGUUUGCUGAAUUAUUAGUUAAGGGGCAGAGUUUUAUGCUGCAUCAAAUAAGGAAAAUGGUUGGCUUCAUGAUAGCCAUAUUGCGAGGUCAAACUGACAUAGCCACAUUAGAAAAGGCAUUUAGCAAAGAAAAAGUUAUGAUCCCCACUGCACCUGGCUUAGGCUUAGUCCUGGAUAAGGUACAUUACGAGAGGUACGAUGCACGUUACAAAAAUAGUCACGACAGUUUGACUUGGGAUGCAGAGGAGGAACUAGUACGAAAGUUCAAAGCUGAACAAAUCAACCCCACGAUUAUAAAAGGUGAAAUUGAAGGUAACUCUAUGGGGUUAUGGCUGGAGAAGCUUAGUUUACACAGCUUUGAGCCCUCGGAGGAUGUACCUGAGGAAAAAGAGACGGAAAGCGGCGAGAAAGAGACAGACGAUGCGGACGGUGAUAUUGAAACUCCGGCUACAGAAAAUGACUGUGUGGAAGCAAACGAAGUUGGAGAUAAAACAGUUGAAGCAACAAGGAGUGAU